UUUGGAGAAUUGACAUUAUACUUGUCCACAAAAACUCCGUCAAGGAAUGAGACGAGAGAUAUGGCAAUGAAUCGAUGUCUGUUUUGAGUUUUGAAAGAAUGUGGCACUUCAACAAAAUACACUUGACUCUAGUUGCAAUUGUUAUCACUACCUUUGUGGUGUUUUUUGGUAUUGAUUCAUUAGAGGGUGUAAAAUUGGUGUCUAGAUUAAAUUAUCAAAGGAUUCAAAAAGGACAUUCAAGAUCAACCCUUUCAUCAUACAAGGAUGAGGGAAGACACAAAUCGCCUAAAAGAAGAUCAAUGCAAGGAGGUAGAAAUUUGGAGAAGGUUGAAGCAAGUCUUGCAAAAGCAAGAGCUUCGAUAAAACAAGCCUUGUUAAGAAUCAAUGACACUUUGCCUCUUGAGGAUUCUCAUGAUUAUAUUCCACAAGGUGACAUCUACAGGAACGCCUUUGCUUUUCAUAGGAGUUACUACUUAAUGGAGAAGCUCUUUAAAAUCUUUGUGUAUGAAGAGGGAGAGCCUCCACUUUUUCAUUAUGGUCCUUGCAAGAAUAUAUAUUCAAUGGAAGGAAUAUUUAUAAACUUAUUGGAAAGCAAUACUCAGUUUAGGACUCAGAAUCCAGAUGAGGCUCAUGUUUACUUUCUUCCAUUUAGUGUUGUUAUGAUCCUUGAGCAUCUCUUUCACCCUGUUAUUCGUGACAAAGCUGUAUUGGGGAGAACUAUUGGUGAUUAUGUUCAUAUCAUAUCCCAUAAAUAUACAUAUUGGAAUAGAAGUUAUGGAGCUGACCAUUUCAUGCUUUCUUGUCAUGAUUGGGGACCAAGGGCAACUUGGUAUGUUAAGGAAUUAUAUUUCAUUGCAAUUCGAGUACUAUGCAAUGCAAAUAUCUCUGAGCAUUUCAAUCCAAAAAAAGAUGCAUCAUUUCCUGAAAUCAAUUUAGUAACAGGUGAAACAACAGGUCUAAUUGGUGGCUAUCCACAAUGGAACAGAACAAUUCUGGCUUUCUUUGCAGGACAAAUGCAUGGUAGAAUUAGACCAAUGCUUUUCCAACAUUGGAAGAACAAAGACAAAGAUAUGUUAGUUUAUGAAAAACUUCCCGAAAAUGUUUCAUAUCAUGAAACAAUGAAGAUGAGUAAAUAUUGUAUUUGUCCAAGUGGUUAUGAAGUGGCUAGUCCAAGAAUUGUUGAGGCAAUUUAUGCUGAAUGUGUGCCUGUUAUAAUAUCUCAAAAUUAUGUGCUUCCUUUUAGUGAUGUUCUUGAUUGGGAUUGUUUUUCUGUUCAGAUUCAAGUGAGUGAAAUUCCUAAGCUUAAGGAAAUUUUGUUGGGUAUAUCAGAGGAAAAAUAUGUGAGAUUGUAUGAGGGAGUUAAGAAAGUGCAAAGACAUUUUGUGAUGAAUAAUCCUCCUAAGAGAUAUGACGUGUUUCAUAUGAUUGUUCAUUCUAUAUGGCUUAGGAGAUUGAAUGUGAUUGUGAAAUAAGUAAUGAUGUCAUUGUUGUUCUCUCAA